AUGACGCAGUUCUCUCCUCGAGGCGCAUCACUAGCGGACGGACCGAUACAGGAGUUUACCAUUUUCAAAUUUGCAAAAACUCCGACAGACGAUCAAUCAAUGCCCGUCUUUCUGAAGGAUGCGGCAGAGCAUUGCUCGCUCGCAUCAACAGACGGCAAGCAAUCCGACACAUUCGCAGUGCUGCGGAGAGUGACACAACGAGAUACGUAUUUGCUUACAGGCGUGUGGUCCAGCUUAGCCGCACACCACGCAUGGAUUGCAUCGGACAAGAACAAGGCACUUCUCGCGCGUAUGCCAGACGAAGGUGCUGAAAUUUUGGCAUUCUUCCACUUUGCGAGCCCUCAUGAUCGAUUGCCAGCGUGGCUGCAAGAAGGCAGCGCUGGGACGUUAUGCCGCACCACUAUCACCUCAGAAGAAGUGAAUGGCACCUUCCAAGAUGACUCUGUUUGCGAGGCAGGAGGCUGGCGUAUCGAGGCGUCUGUUGAUACCAACAAGGAUAUUUGGGUUCAUAUGGUCAAGGUGGAUGCCGGCGAGACUCCCUGCAGUGAUCAAGAACCCUGCAACGGACAUUGGACCCUGCUUGUACAAAAGUGA